AUGUCGCACUCAAAACGGAACACUUCGCUCGCAUUCUUCACCUCCUACGAACGCUCCCUUCUCAAAGGCGACUACGGCAAGCAGCGAACCCGCCUCACCCGCGACUCCUUCAAGCCGCUCGACGCCUGCAACCUGUGUCUGCAGCGGUGCCGCGACCCCGUCUCGUGCGACCACGGCGACCUCUUCUGCCGCGAGUGCGCCGUCGAGAACCUGCUCAGCCAGCACAAGGAGAUUAAGCGCAUGCAGGCCGAGCUCGACCGGCGCAUCAAGGAGGAGGAGGAGGAGCGGGAGCGUGGUGAUGAGGAGGCAAAGGAGCGCGCGGUGAAGGACUUUGAGCUGCUGCAGAUGGGGCUCGAGAUCCGGACACGCAGUGAGCGCGAGCUGAAUCCAAGGGCGAUCUUUGGGAUGGGGCCGCCGAAGGUUGUGGGGAGGGAGGGCGGGAAGAUCAUUCUGGAGGAGCAUGAAGGUGAUGAGGAGGCCGCUGAGGCGGGGGCGGAGGAGGAGGGGAAAAGGGGGAAGAAGAGGAAGUUUGAGCUCGAUGAAGAGGAGCUCAUGCGGCUUGCCAGGGAAGAAAGGCAGAAGGCCAAGAUCCAUAUCAAUAAUGAGAAGUCAGUAGCCUCAAUUCAAAAACUCCCAUCAUUCUGGGUCCCCAGUCUCACGCCCUCCGUCGCCGCCUCCGACGUGCCCAAAAAGCCACUAAAGCUCAACCCCGUCUGCCCCGCCUCCGAAAAGAACAAGAUCCACAACUACAAUCUCAAAACGCUGAUCACUGUCCAAUUCGCCGAAGAGAAGGACGAGCGGACCAAGCACGGAGACCCCCAACGGGUCUGUCCCAGCUGCAAGAAGGGUCUCAACAACGCCACAAAGGCCAUGCUUGCCAAACCCUGCGGCCACGUCCUCUGCAAACCCUGCGCCGACAAGUUCCUCUGCCCGCAGAACGACGACCCGCAUGACACCUCUGCAAAGGUUGUGACCUGCUAUGUCUGUGACGAAGUGCUGUCAGAGGUGGUAGGGAAGAAGGCGAAAAAAUCAAAGAAGAGCGGGGUGAAGCCCGGGCUGGUGCUCAUACAGAGCGACGGGACAGGCUUCUCGGCGGGUGGAGGUAAUGUCACGACGGAGAAGGAGGGCAUUGCGUUUCAAUGUUAG